AUGAAUCUCGUCUCGAAGACUACCGGAGCGCAGCGCAAGCCCGUACUGCCGCACCGGACAUCGAUAGCGACGGUAUGCGUUUCGGGGCACCUCCUCGACAAGCUGACGGCGAUCGCCGAGGCGGGCUUCGACGGUGUCGAGAUCUUUGAGAACGACCUGUUGCACUACCCAGGCUCGCGUCAGGAUAUCUACAAUGUGUGUCAGGAGCUCGGGUUGAAGAUUGAGAUGUACCAGCCCUUCAGGGACCUGGAGGGUGCGGCUACGCCGGAGGAGUUGAAGCGCAGUCUGGAUAGACUCGAGAGAAAGUUUCAGUGGAUGGAUGAGCUCCAUACAGACCUGAUAUUGCUGUGCUCGAAUUGCUCUCCAAGCUCGGUGGGCGACAGAGACAGGCUGGUAUCGGAUCUGAGGGCAGCGGCCGAACUUGCGGCAAAAUACAACAAGCGGAUAGCGUACGAGGCUCUGGCAUGGGGACUUCACGUUUACACAUGGGAGUACUCGUGGGAGCUCGUGAAGGAAGUAGACCACCCCAACCUUGGUAUCUGCUUCGACACAUUCCACAUAUUCUCGCGACAAGGUGAUAUCAACGCCAUUGCCGAUGUCCCCGCAGAGAAGAUUUUCUUCGUGCAGUUGGCGGAUGCUCCGAUUCUCAAAAUGGAUCAUCUGAGCUAUUCCCGGCAUCACCGGAACUAUCCCCUUCAAGGAGCCUUCCCCAUCAUUCCAUUCAUGGAAAAGCUGAUACAGACCGGCUACAUCGGGCCGCUGUCGCUCGAGAUCUUCAACGACGAGUUCCGCGCUGCUCCAGCAAAGAGAAUCGCCCAAGAUGGUCUGAGGAGCUUGCUGUACUUGCAAUCAGAGUUGUAUCACGGAUCCAUCCUGCCUCCAUUACCGGAGGUGGAGCGGAUAGAGUACGUGGAGUUUGCAGUCGACGAGGCGCGGAUUGGGCAGCUCGAAGCCUUCUUCCUAGAUAUGGGAUUGAACAAAGUUGGAAAGCAUCGGUCAAAGAAUGUGACAUUAUAUCGCCAAGGUGGCGUCUCGUUUAUUGUGAAUGCCGAGCCGGAAUCGUUUGCUUCUGCAUUCUUGCUUUUACACGACACAUCCGUCUGUGCGAUCGCCGUACGGGUAAAGGAUAUUCCGGCAGCG